AUGCCAACUAUCUUUCAAACACCAACACCCAAUAUCGAUAUUACUCUUAACAAUAGCACUCAGUUUUAUUAUUCUACACCACAACAAACAUCUCCUUUACAAAAGCAACAACAGCAACAACAACAGCAACAACAACAGCAACAACAGCAGCAACAACAACAAACAUCACCUAUACAGCAACAAAUCUCUCAACAACAACAAAUAUCCCCUUUACAACAAUUAUUACAAAAACAACAACAGCAGCAACAAUCACCUGUACAUCAAAUACAUCAACAACUAAUACAACAAAUUAUACCACCUAAACAGCAAGAAAAACAGCAAGAAAAGAUACAAGAUGAACUUAAAAUACAAUCAACCACUCCUGUAAUUAACAACAACAUCAACAACAUUAACAAUAACAUUAAUACUACUAAUAAUAAUAAUAAAACUAAUGAACGACAAAAUAAUGAAGAAUCAAAUCAGAUAUCAACAAUAACAACAACAGGAACAACAACAGGAACAACAGCAACAAUAAUAUCACCAAAUAAAUUAGAUAUUGAACAAUUUGUAAAGGGUAAUGAAAAAGUAUCAAGAAGAACAAGAGCACAUGUUUCAUUACAAAAUUUAGAUUUUGAAGAAUUGGAUGCAUACUUUGAUACUCAUGUUUCAACUAUACCAUUGGAAGAGGCAACAAGCCUCAGUCAAAGUAAUCAUUUUGGAUUUUUAGAUACAAAUAUCUAUAAUGAUGAAUAUAAACAGUUUAUAACAAAUUUAAAAUCGGGUGGAUUCGGUGAUAUUAAUAUUUUUGAGGAAGAAGACGAUGAAGAUUAUAUUCCUCCCGAAGAAGAAGAAGAUGAUGAUGAAGAUAAUAUCAAUGUUUAUAAUGAUAAAAAUAUUGAUUAUUCAACUAAUAUAACUUCAAAGAAUAAUAGUAAUGAAGAUUAUAAUAGUAAUGAAGAUCAUAAUAGUAAUGAUGAAAAUGAUUAUAAUAAUACUGCUAAUAAUAUUAAUAAUAAUAAUAUUGGUGAUGAAAGUGAUAAUAAUAAUAAUAAUAAUAAUAAUAUUAAUAAUAAUAGUAAUAAAGGAGAUGAUGACGAUGAUGAUGAUGAUGAUAAUAAUGAUGAUGAUGAUGAUGACAAUGAUAUUAGUUAUGUUGAUUUAAAUAAUGAUGGUGAAAAUGAUGAAAGUUCAAAUGAAAUGGCAGCAUUAGUUAAUGAUUAUUUAGAGAAUGAAGCAAAGGAGAUUAAUGGUCAAAAUGGUUUUUUUAAAUUAUUAGAUUUAAAUUUAGGAGAGCAAUUUAAACAAGUAAUUGCACCACUACCACUAAAUCAAAUAACUUCAACAAUACAGCAGCAACAACAAAAUGAUUUUAUACUACCAAUUGAAAAUUUUAUUGGUAUAUCAAAUUCAGUUUUGGUUUCACCAAUACCAGAUUUUGAUCCAAAUUUUAAACCUGAUAGUAAAAUUGAAAAGAAAUUAUCAUCAAUAACAUUAAAUGGUACUCAAUUAAAUAAUUUAUAUAUAACUACACCACCACAACAACAACAACAAUCAUCCUCAUCAAUAAAUUCAUCUAAUACAAUGUCGUCUUCGUCAUCAUCAUCAUCAUUAUCAAAAAAUAAAUUAAAAAAAAAGAAAAAAGAAGAAAAAAGAAAAGAAGAGAAAAGAAAAGAAGAAAAAAGAAAAGAAAAGAAAAGAAAGAAGAGACAAUCAAUUACAAUAUCAAAAUUUAAAAAGAAUAAAAAGAAAACUAAUGGUGGUUUUAGUAGUGAUUCAGAAUCAGAUUCAAGUUCAGAUGAUUCAGAUGAUUCAGAUUUUUAUUAUAGUGAUAUUGAAGAGGGUGGUGGUGGUAAUGGUAAUGGAAGUGGGAGUGGUGUUGGUGUUGUAGAUAGUGAUAAUGAAGAAGGUGAUUCUAGUAGUGAUGACUUUUCAAAGAAAAAGAAAAGAAAACUUUAUCAUACAAAUAAUAGUAAUAAUUCUAUAGAAAAUAAUAAUAAUAAUAACAAUAAUAAUAAUCAUGAAUCAACAUCAAAUUCUAUUUUCACCUUAACAUUGGAACAAAUUCAAGAGGUUAAACUUCAAAUAGCUCAACAUUAUCAACUAUUAAUUCAAGUUUAUCUUUUAAUGAGAAUUCAAACAAAUCCUGAAAAUUUUAAUUUAAAUUUAAAGAAAAAAAAGAAAAUUCAAUCAUCAUCAUCAUCAUCAUCAUCAACAAUUAAAGAGAUUGAUUCUGCAGAAGAUGAUGAGGAUAAUUAUAAUAAUAAUAAUAAUAAUAUUAAUAAUGAUGAUGAAGAUGAUAAUAAUAAUAAUAAUGAAGAUGAUAAUGAUGAUAUUGAAAAAUAUUAUAGUACUUAUAGAAAUAUUGUAAAUAGAAAACCACCAACUGAUAUGGUACAACAUAAUGGUAUGAUUGAUUCAGUGAAGAGAAUGUUGGAUCAAUUAUUUAAUUAUCAUCAAAAACAUGUAGAGAAUCAAAUUUAUAGUAAAAUUAUAUUUCAACAAAUGGAAUCACCAUCAAAGGUAUUUACAAGAUCAGUGAAGAAGGCAUUGGUACCACAUGUUACCUCGCAGCUAUUCGACUCUGAAGCGAUUAAACUUUAUCCCUAUUUGAAUGAAUUGAUCGUAGAGGAUCCAAUACCAUCUUUUAAAACUAUGGAGAUUAUAUUAUCAAUUUUCAAAGAUCACUUUUCAGAGUCUUACAAUUAUCGUAAUGUGAAAUUAAAUCAAUUGAAAUUCACUGGCGGCGAGGAUCUACUACUCCUUAUGGGUGUGAAAAGAUUUGGUACCUUUAAUUGGAGAAUCAUUCAAAAACGUUACUUUCCAAAUAAAACCGAUGAUCAAUUAUUUCAUCGUUAUAAAAAUUUACUCUCUCAUUCAAGUGCAAAUAAUCAAUUGAAACAAUAUUUAAAUGGUGCUAAAUUCACUAAAGAAGAAGAGGAGAAAUUGGAUGGAGCAAUUAAAAUACAUGGAUUGAAAUGGGAUAUCAUCUCUAGAGAUUAUUUACAUUGGAAAGAACCUGCAAUGUUAAAAAAGUUUUAUGAAAAACGUGAAAAACAAGUUGAAAAAAAAAAUUUAUUCGAAAGAAGACAAUUAAAAAAAGAGAAAAGAAAUUUAGAAAGACAAAGAAAACAAGAACAACAAAGAUUAUUAGAAUUAGAAAUGGAACAAGAUGAAAUUGAAAGACAAAAACAAUUAGAAUUUAAUUCUACUAAUAAUAAUAAUAAUAAUAAUAAUAAUAAUAAUAAUAAUAAUAAUAAUAAUAAUAAUAAUAAUAAUAAUAAUAAUAAUAAUAAUAAUAAUAAUAAUAAUAAUAAUAAUAAUAAUAAUGAAAAUAGUUCAACAAAUAGUAAUAAUGAUAGUGGUAAUGAAAAUAAUUAUGAAUUUGGUGAUAAUGAAACUGAAAUUUUAAAUGAUAAUAUUGAAAUCUCAACAACUAUAGAUAUUAAUAAUCCAAUCAUUGAAAAUAAUAGUUCAACUUCAACAACAAGAGAAACUUCACCAGUUCAAAUGAAUCCAUGUCCAAUCUCUUCAUUAUCAAUUACAAAUCAACAAUUCCAAUUACAACAAGACCAAUAUCAGUUACAACAAUAUCAAUUUUAUCAACAACAACAGCAAUAUAACCAACAGCAAUAUGAGCAACAACAACAACAACAACAACAACAACAACAACAACAACAACAACAACAACAACAACAACAACAACAACAACAACAACAACAACAACAUGAACAACAACAAAAUGAACAACAACGUACUAAUAAUUUAAGUACAGAAACAAUUAUUAAAUCAGAUAAUUUAAAUAUUGUCGAUGGAAUUUUAAUUAAAUGGACAAGAGAAGAAGAUAGAAUUAUUUUAAUCACAGUAAAAGAAAAAGGUACUGUAGAUAAUGAAAUUUGGAAAUCACUCUCUGAUACAAAGAUACAAGAUAAAACUCCAGAUCAGAUCAUGUACAGAUAUCUCCAACUUUUGGAGUUGAUCAAAAGAUCUCAGUUUGCAAAACAAUAA